UGAAUAAAGUAGCGCCUUUAGCAGAGUGGUGCAAUGUGGUGGAUGUAAGCGGUAGAUAUUUAUUUAACUUAACCUCUCGCGAAACAAAAGAUAUACAGUAUAUUGCCCAAUAAAUACAAGUAAAUGUACAAAUAUAAAAUCGAAAGAAAAUAAUUAUAAUUAUAUACCUUAAGCUAUAUAUAUAAUAUAUACAAUGGUAUUUUUGACACAAGUUUUAGCUUUCUUCAAAAAGCCACCAAGAAAAUAUCUACGUUCCAGAUUUAUUGACACGCUACAUCUUCAUGUUAGGGCGGGUACAGGAGGUGCUGGAUUGUCUCGUUACGGAGGUUUGGGUGGCGCAGGAGGUAGCAUAUAUUUAAUUGCAAAAGAUGGGCUAACAUUGGAGAAUGUUAUCCAGACCUUGAAGGGCAAACGAGUCAAAGCAGAUCCAGGAAACGAUAGUUCAGCAAGGGGAAUUAUAGGUGCACCUGGUGAAGAUAAAACUAUUGCAGUCCCAUGUGGUGUUACAGUAUAUAAUCAGAAUGGAGUGUUAUUAGGAGAAUUAAAUGAAGAGGACUCAAAAUUAUUAAUAGCCAAAGGUGGCUUAGGUGGUUCUGAAGACACUGGUUUCUGCGGAUUAAAGGGAGAAUCUCAGAUGAUAAAGUUGGAUUUGAAGAUGAUCGCUGACGUCGGAUUAGUUGGCUUUCCCAAUGCUGGCAAGAGUUCCUUCUUGGCAGCAGUUUCAAACGCCAAGCCUAAAAUCGCUAAUUAUCCCUUCACUACCAUAAGGCCCAGACUAGGAAUCAUGAAGUACAAUGAUUUAAGACAGAUUACCGUUGCAGACUUACCAGGUCUGAUUGAGGGAGCGCACAUGAAUGUUGGGAUGGGUCACAAAUUCUUGAAGCAUGUCGAAAGAACAAAACUACUUAUGUUUAUCGUGGAUAUACAAGGAUUUCAAUUGUCACCCAAACAUGGAUAUAGAUCCUGCCUGGAAACUGUAGUCUUAUUAAACAAGGAGAUUGAACUCUACAAGCCAGACUUAUUAAAAAUGCCAGCUAUGAUUAUAAUUAAUAAAAUGGACACUGACAAUGCUGAUAAUAUUUUCAAAGAAAUUAAGCCAGCUCUGCACAAUUUAUCAAGCUAUGUGUCUACAUGUCGGGAGGAAAUACGGCCCCAGAAGGUGAUACAUUUUGAUGAUAUUUUGCCGACGUCCUUAAUCUCGAAAGAUAAAGAAGCAAUAGAAGCGAUAAAAAACAGGAUACGAAGUAUAUUAGAUAAAUAUUCAGAGAACAAAUAUAUUGCUGAUCAUGAUAACUUGGACUCUAGACUAAUGAAGAAGAUGAACCAACAAUUUGAAGCACAUACACCAACCGUUGUAUAAAUUUGCAGCAUAUGAAAAUAAAUAUUUUAUAAAUAAUA